AUGGGUAAUACAGAUUCAAAGGUCGAAUUUCCUGCAGCUAUUGCUCAACUAGCAGCACGCAGUCAGCAAAUUGAAUCGAAUGAUGAAUCAUUUUGGGAUCAAUUUUGGUCGGAUAAAAUUGCUAAUGUUCAAGACAUAUUUGUUUUAGUUUCAGCUGCAGAAAUUCGAUCAUUACGAGAAAAAUCACCAUCGAACCUAGCCAUACUAUGUAAUAAACUUGUCGAUCGUUUACAACAAGCUGCCGAGCAUUCAUGUCAAACAGAGCGAGAUCAAAUAGCUGCAAUUAAUUGUGUCCGAUUACUUACUCGUUUAUUACCAUAUAUAUUUGAGGAAUCGGAAUGGCGUGGUUUUUUUUGGUCUGAUAUACCUAACGGACAACAGCAAACAACAACAUCAAAUGGCGACUAUCUUAGUAAACCACCAUUAGCGCAGCGACUUCUUCAAACAUUAGCAGAUCUUUUAUUUUGUCCGGAUUUUACGGUUUCUGCAAAGAAGAAAAAAGGACCAGAUAACCCAGAAGAUAUUCAUACGAUUGAUAGUUGUGAAUAUAUUUGGGAAGCUGGUGUUGGUUGUGCUCAUUCGCCUGUACAUUCACCAAGCAAUGAUAGAAAUCGAACGGAAAUUCUCAAACUUUUGCUGACCUGUUUUUCAGAAACGAUCUAUAUGAAACCAUCAGUCGAACUACAAUCUUAUUCAAACAAAUGGUUAAAUUAUUUCACAUCCAGUGAUAAUCGUCAAACAUUACCUUUAUUUACGUCGUUAAUAAAUAUUGUAUUUUCUUAUGAUCCUGUUGGUUAUCUACCGUAUAAUUAUCUUUUAUUUACUGAUACACGUGAACCUCUAGUCGAAGCUGCUGCCCAAUUAUUAUGUGUUACAUUGGAUAAUAGUUCAUCUUUAUUAAACGAACAAAUUCCAUCGUCAUCGUCAUCAACUAGUAAAAUGUCAAUUGGAGAUGAUGGUUCAAAUUUAUUUAUUAACUAUCUAUCACGCAUUCAUAGAGAUGAUGAUUUUAGCGUAUUGUUAAAAGGCUUUUGUCGAUUAUUAAAUAAUCCACUGAUUCAAACUUAUCUGCCUGGUUCUUGUAAGAAAAUUGGGUUUUAUCAAGAAUUAUUAAUUUUAUUUUGGAAAUUUUGUGAUCGAAAUAAGAAAUUUUUAUACUAUGUUCUAAAAUCGAGUGAAGUACUCGAUGUACUUGUGCCAAUUCUUUAUUUUCUUAAUGAUGCUCGUGAAAAUUCUUCUAAAAUUGGUAUAAUGCAUAUUGGUAUAUUUAUUUUACUUUUACUAAGUGGUGAAAGAAAUUUUGGUGUACGCUUAAAUAAACCAUACGUCACACGAGUACCAAUGAAUAUUCCCGUGUUUACUGGAACGCAUGCAGAUCUAUUGAUUAUUGUUUUUCAUAAAAUAAUUGUCUCAGCAUCUCAACGUAUACAACCGCUAUAUGAUUGUUUACUAACCAUUAUUGUUAAUAUUUCGCCCUACCUGAAAACUUUGUCAAUGGUGUCAAGUAAUAAAUUAAUACAUUUACUUGAGGCAUUUAGCUCAUCAUCGUUUCUUUUUGCCGCUUCAGAUAAUCACCAUCUUGUAUUUUUUCUUCUUGAAGCAUUCAAUAAUCUUAUUCAAUAUCAAUUCGAUGGCAAUGCUAGUCUCAUUUAUACAAUAAUUCGUAAACGACAAAUCUUUUUCUCAUUGAGCAAUCUCCCGACGGAUAUGCCAACAAUAGCUAAAUUUAGUACAAAAUCAAGUGGUUCAAUUUCAUCACUAAAAUCAAGCCCAGAUAAAUCAGAAAAGAAACGAAGUCUUUUUCAAACGCAUUCAAAAAGCAAUACGGAUGAUGAAUCAACAUCGAACGGAGACAAACCUCAGCAAUCAACAACAGUCAUUAGUUCGAUGGUUACAACAUUAGCUGAAACACCAUCCAUCCAUAAAAUGACCGAACGUACGUUGGCUGCAUCGGCAAGUUUAAAUAGUCCUCCAAGUCAAAGAUCUAAUACAAAUCAUGAAACAUCAGCCAACUCGAGUCAGGCUUCUUCGCCUGCAACAUCAAAUGGUGAUACUAUUUCAAAUCAUAGUUAUUCAAUUGAGAAUGGCAUUUGGACGCCAACAUCUGCAUGGGCACAAUCAUGGAAAGGAAAAUUACCGUUACAAACCAUAAUGCGUCUUCUUCAAGUACUUGUUCCGCAAGUCGAAAAGAUUUGUAUGGAUCGUGGCUUGACAGAUGAAAGUGAAAUAAUUAAAUUUCUUCAACAUGGUACACUUGUUGGUCUUUUACCGAUACCACAUCCGAUCUUAAUUCGUAAAUAUCAGCCAAAUUCUGGCACCGUGAUGUGGUUUCGUACGUAUACAUGGGGCGUUAUUUAUCUCAGGAAUGUUGAUCCACCAAUAUGGUAUGAUACUGAUGUGAAACUAUUCGAAAUUCAACAAUUAUAA